AUGAAGUUUUAGAUGGAAUAAUAGGAAUCUAAAUAUAGACAAGCACUUAAAUAGGAAUAAAUCUAAUCUAAAUAAGAAAUCUUCAGACUUUGAUAAAAUUUGUAAUAAUUAUCAAAUUUUGAUAAUAAGAAUCAAAAUUUAGUAUAUGUCUUGAUAAUAAAUUAAUUUAAUAAGUUAGGAAAGGCAAUUCAUAAAAUUAAAAAAAAGGUAAUAAUGUUUUAGAAGAGAAGCUAUCAUAAACAAAUUUUUAAUUAUAUUGUUAAUCUAAAGAUCAAGAGUUCACAGAAUUAUAAUAAUCAGCAAUAAUAACAUCAUAGGAAUAACAUACUAGUGAAUUGAAAAGUAAAUUGGGUUGUUAAAAAGAAUAAAAUUAAGGUUUAAGGAAUUAAUUAGAAUAAGUAAAGGAAAUAGCAGAAUAAAAGAAAUCCAGUGAAAAUGUUUUUACAAUUAAAAUAAUAUAAGUAGAAAGGGAUUAUAAUCAUCUGUAAUAAACAUUUCAAUAACAUAAGGAAUAAUUAAAAUAGAAAUUAAAUGAAUUGACUGUAAUUUAUGGUAAAUCAUUAGAAUAAAUUUGCUUAUUAUCAUAAUUUAGUAUAGAGAAUAAAAUGAUAAAAAAGAUUAUAAAUGUAUUUGGAGAAUGAAGAAAAGAAUUAUAAUUUGGAAUUGAAAGAUAUUCAUAAAUCUAAAUAGUUUUUGAUUGAAUUUUUAGAGUAAAAAUUAUUGGGAUUUAAGGAACAGAAUUAAUAAUUGAAGUUGCUGAAAAAAAUCAGCAUCAAGAAUAGUAGUAUUAUUAUGGUAAGAAUUUCUGAGAAUUGGGUUGCAAGACUAAUAAUCUAGGGGAAGAAUGUAGUAGAUUGAAUAAUAUAAUAAAAUAAAGAGAUGAUCAAAUAUAUAGAUUAUAAGUACAAUUGAAAGAUUUAAUGAAUAUAAAUGGAAAGAAUCAGUAUUAAGAAGAUUUAUUGGAUUUAUUAUAAACAAAGGAAGGAGAGAUAAAUAUAUUAAAAGAACAGAAUGAAAGUUUGAUAAAUGAUUUAUGAAGAUAAACCGAUAAUUGCAGAAGUUUAGCUAGUCAGCAUAAACAGUUACAGAAAUUUGCAGAAGAUGCAAAAAUAAAUAGUAUAACAAUGAAUUAGUUCAUGAGUAAGUGUGAAAUUAAGAGGGAGAAGUAGAACGAUUAAGAAUGUAGGUUUUGGAGAAAUCAUUAUUGUUAGAGAAAGUAUAGAAAGAGAAUUUGGAGUAUUAAGCUAAAUUGAAAUCAAAGUUAAGAUGAGAAAUAUUACUUAUAUAUAUAUUAAUAAAUUAUAGUCAGAGUAUUACGCAGCAUUUGUUUUCGUUGGGUUGGUUAUCGUUCUCAAUGUUAUAUAUUUUCCAAUUCUCAACAGUGUAGAUUUUAUGAAUAUCAGGUUUAAAAGUAACUGCAUGUUUACCUUUGCCUCUUAUGAUGGGUUGCGAUUACCUAUCAUAGCGGGUUUUGGUAGGUUACUGCUUAUCCUNUGGGUUGUUAAAAAGAAUAAAAUUAAGGUUUAAGGAAUUAAUUAGAAUAAGUAAAGGAAAUAGCAGAAUAAAAGAAAUCCAGUGAAAAUGUUUUUACAAUUAAAAUAAUAUAAGUAGAAAGGGAUUAUAAUCAUCUGUAAUAAACAUUUCAAUAACAUAAGGAAUAAUUAAAAUAGAAAUUAAAUGAAUUGA